UAUGCCUCAGGUGAACUUUGACCGUGUCAGUCUGGGGUGGUGAGGGCGGAAGAGUGAGACGCUGUGAAUGACUGACCAACACAAAGCCUUUAUGAUUUCAGGUCCCUCUCUUUUUCCCCUCUAUGAGGUUUAGAAGGCUGAUUCUAUUCUUUGUGGAUAUGAAAGUUGUUCAUGAGGAAGCCAGGCUGUGGACCCACUGCAGCUGAAGAUGACUCAGAACAUGUUCCAAGAGGGGCUGUACCAUGUAUUUUUUAAGGACCGCACCUCGGGCCACCCACUCACUGUAACCACCAAUCAGGAAGAAUUUAAAGAUGUGCGGAUUGGACGCUGGUUUGGGACAGUCGUUAACACCCGCCUCCUUGUCACUGGGGUUUUGCAGGUCUUUGGUGCCCUGGCCUCCAUUCUAACCACAGUAACCUAUGCCUGCGUGAGCUUCAACUGUUCCGUCUCCUUGACUACACCAGUCUGGUCCGGCCUGUUUUAUCUGGCCACUGGAGGGCUGGCAAUGGAAGUUCAGAGGAAACCCAACAAACUCAAUGUGACCACACUGAUAGGCCUGAACAUCUUCAGCCUACUGCUGGGGUGCUGUGCUCUGCUGGCCUACAGCCUCAUCACUUCACAGGCUAAAGCACUCUACACAGACCAACAGCGUGCGGGUGUGUACAUAGCGAAGGGCAGCUCUAUCAUGUUCACAGUACAGUGUCUGCUGGCCUCUGUCUACACUCUCUUCCUGUCCUGGCGAGGUCUACGACGGUACAGCGGCCCCCACACUCAGACCUACAAUCGUCUAGCACAGGGCCCAGAUGAGGACACUAAUGAGCCCCUAAUGGAAACAGGAGAAUUCAGCCUUUAAACCAGCAGACCUAUGCGUGUGUGAAAAACUAUCUUAAGAUAUUCAUUUGAUGAGGAUGUCUAAGAAUAUGCACAAUGACGUAACAUUCUAACAUUGUAUUUUCUUCCUAUGACAUUAAAUAGAACAUUGACAAUCAA